UUGAAACGGGUAGCGUUGGGAUAGGCCAUAACAACCACCCAACAAGGCGUUGUGCUACUAUGGGGAAAUAUCGAACUGAACCGCGUAUAAAAUGGUUUGGGUUUAGUUUUUAAUCGAGCUAUAUGCUGGAAAUUCGCUUGGAAGUCGUUGCAAACGUAAAUUAUGGCAUAUUAGAGAUCAAAUGUGGACGUUGACGUCGAGCCGUGCGUAAUGAGCAGAGUUGGAAAAAGAAGGUGUUGAGCUGCAUUUUUUCUCUCUCUACCAGAGACAACUUGAGUCGGAGUACUGACAAACUACGAGGCUAUACGAAGAAAAAUAAUGCCCCUGAAGCUCAUCACUUUCUGGCACGCCAUGCUGGGCCUGAGGCUCUGAGGAUGCUUCAGAGGAUCCGUGCCUGACCCACAACUGAGAAUCGAGAGGAAUACGUUGUCUGAGCAGAAUGACUCAGCAAGUGGGGGGACCCCCAAAUAGCAAGUGAAGAGAAGUGAGGAUGGGUGCCAAUGGAUCCAGCUAUCCACACUCAUGCUCCCCACGCAUAGGGGGAAGUGCACAGGCACAGCAGACGUUUAUCGGAACCUCAUCUUACUCUCAGCAGGGAUAUGGCUGGGAGUCUAAGCUAUACAGCCUGGAGCAUGGCCAUGAGCGGCCUGCAGAUAGGAAGAAGAAGAGCCUUGGUCUGGCGACACUCAAACGGAGGUUUAUUAAACGAAGGAAAUCAAGCCGCUCAGCAGAUCAUGCGCGGCAGAUGCGGGAGCUUUUGUCAGGAUGGGACGUUCGCGAUACAAAUGCCCUGGUGGAGGAGUACGAGGGUACAGCAGCCCUCAAGGAGCUAAGCUUCCAGGCCAGCCUGGCACGUGCCGAGGCCCCCAACUUGCAGCGGGAUCUGGCUGCACUCUAUCAGCAUAAAUACUGCACAGAUGUGGACCUUAUCUUCCAUGGUGCUUGCUUCCCAGCUCACCGGGCCAUCCUGGCUGCCCGCUGCCCCUUUUUCAAAACCCUACUGACUUCAUCCCCUGGCUAUGGAGCUGAGGUUCUCAUGGACAUUGAGACAGCUGGCAUUGAUGUCCCCAUGUUUUCUGCCCUACUUCACUACUUGUAUACGGGGGAGUUUGGGGUUGGAGGAGCAGAGGACACCAGGCUGCAGAAUGUGGAUGUACUGGUGCAGCUUAGUGAGGAGUUUGGUACUCCUAACUCCCUAGAAGCAGAUAUGAAGGGCUUGUUUGACUACAUGUGUUACUACGACGCUCUUCUCAGCUUCUCCUCAGACUCUGAGAUGGUUGAAAGCUGUAAUGAAAGAGGUGCUGUCGCUGCAGUACCAACAGGGGGCUCAGGAGGCAAUGGGUGUCCUGGGACCCCAGAUGAGGACCUCAGGGCUCAUAAGGCUAUUCUCUCAGCUCGUUCUCCUUUCUUUAGAAAUCUUUUGCAGAGGCGUAUCCGCACAGGAGAAGAAAUGACAGAGCGCACACUGCAAACACCUACCCGCAUAGUCCUUGAUGAAUCGAUUAUCCCGCGGAAAUAUGUGCAAGUUAUUUUGCACUGCAUGUACACAGAUGUGGUGGAGUUGGGGCUAGUGCUCCGGGGCAGCCCCUCAGCAGGCAGCCUCGGGGAAGUGCAAGCUCUAGUGUCAGGAGGCCGUGGGGCCAACACACGCACUGAAGAGGCCAUGGAACUGUACCAUAUCGCUCUGUUCCUGGAGUUCAGUAUGCUAGCUCAAGGAUGCGAGGACAUUGUUGUGGAAAGCUUGUCCCUGGACUCACUUGUCCCCAUCCUGAAGUGGAGCUCCCAGCCGUACGGCUCCAAAUGGGUCCACAGGCAGGCUAUGCACUUCCUCUGCGAGGAGUUCAGUCAGGUUGUCUCCUCUGAUGUUCUCUACGAGCUUAGCAAAGAGCAUCUUCUCAGUGCAAUCCAGUCUGACUAUCUGCAGGCGAGCGAACAGGACAUUCUCAAGUAUGUUGUUAAGUGGGGCGAGCAGCAGCUUAUUAAGAGGAUGGCAGACAGGGAACCCAACCUGUUGAGUGGUACAGCCCACAGCGUAAACAAGAGGGGAGUGAAAAGGAGAGACCUGGAUGUGGAGGAGCUAAAGGAGAUACUCUCUCCUCUCCUGCCUUUUAUUCGAACUGAGCACAUCUUACCCCCAAACAGCGAUGUUCUUGCUGAUGCGCUCAAAAGGGGUUUGAUAAGCACCCCACCUUCAGAUAUGUUGCCUACAGCAGAGGGCGGAAAAGCCAAUGCCUGGUUACGGCAGAAAAACGCCGGCAUCUAUGUGCGUCCUCGCCUCUUUUCUCCUUAUGUGGAGGAGGCGAAGUCUGUUCUUGAUGAAAUGAUGGUGGAGCAGACAGACCUGGUGCGUUUACGACUUGUGCGCAUGUCCAACGUCCCAGACACGCUCUACAUGGUCAAUAAUGCUGUGCCUCAGUGCUGUCAUAUGAUUAACCACCAGCAAAUGGCAAGCAAUUCAGCCGCGGCUCCAUCAGUUGUAGCUAAUGAAAUUCCAGUGCCUCAGCUGCCUGUGGUGAAGGAUAUGAUCCGGAGGCUGCAGGAGCUGAGACACACAGAACAGGUCCAGAGAGCUUAUGCCCUCAACUGUGGUGAGGGAGCCACUGUCAGCUAUGAACUGCAGCUUCGUGUGCUGCGGGAAUUUGGUUUGGCAGACGGAGCCACUGAGUUGCUGCAGAACCCGUACAAGUUCUUCCCCGAUGAGCGAUUUGGAGACGAGAGUCCGAUUCUGGCCCUGCGCCAGGUGGGUCGUUGUCGGGUAAACAGCAGCCCAGCUAUGGAUAGCAUGUUUACUGAGCUGGAAGGGGUAGCGGGCUUCCAUCCUCCCCUACCUCCUCCACCUCCCCCAUACCAUCCCCCUGCAACACCCAGCCACACCCAGCUCAAAGGUGCCUGGCGACCUCGUGUUCCCAUGCCAACCCCUACCCGUUCCUUCUCCUACCCCUGUAACCGCACCCUGAUUCAGCGCCAUGCAUCCUCCAAGCAUGGCAGCUCAGAGUACUCCUCUGUGCCCAGGCCCCAACCCCCAGACUGCACCAACCCACAGGCUAUGGGCCGAGCUUUGCUUUCAGACCAGCAAGCGAUGAGUAUGGAGCCUGUUAUGAGGGAAUUCAUGCCUGACAUAGCACUGGGUGUCUCAGUCAUGUCCCUGAGGGAGCAACACAUGGCAGAGAUGGACAGGGAAGGCCCUCACAGUCCCAUGGGCCCCUCAGGCCACCAUCUGCCCCAUGGGCCCUGCCCUUCUGCCCGUCUCAGUCACAGCCAUAGUCAUGGUCCCGGACACGGACACUCCUGCAAGAGACACGCUCCUGAACCCAAACUAGAGGCUCAAGCAGAGUUCCCUGAUCUAUAUGAGUUCUCUUGUCGACCUGCUACCCCAACCUCCACUCACCCCAUGCCCUCCUUUGCAGGACCAGACCUUUACAGCCACAGCUGCACCCCCUCCAGUUCGUAUCCACCACCCUACAUUUCUGACUCUCAGGCCCAGGGCCACUCGCAGGGACGGACUGCCCCAGACCCACUGCGGCUGGAUGUCCUCGGGAUGACCUCUCAGAGGCAUGAUGGAGUCCUUGCCAGCCCUUCUGGGGCCCAGCCUAGAAUGGGACAUAUCCCAAGGGGGAGAUCGAAUGAAACAGACCUGACUCAUGGCUUAGGCCAUUUGCGAUCCCCUAGUGGAAACAUGGACAGCUAUGAAGAGCGGCACACAGUAGCAAGAGAUGCACCUGAGGACAUGGUUCUGGCUGGAGAAUCAUCUGGCCCAGGAUCCCUCCAACAGUCUCAUAGAAACAGUGUCAGUGAGGAGAUCACCAGAGACCGCAGAUCGCCCAACAAGCCUGAUUACCCUUACAAGAAAUCUGCACUUUAACCCCAGUAGAGGACUAGGGGUUGAGUUAAGAAAAGGGAAAGUGUGAUGAGUUGCUGUCUGUCAGAAUGGAUGGCAAAGCACUAAUUGUGUGCCUGUGUAUAUGUGUGUUUGAGAGGAGCAGGGAAAAGGCUGGUUGAUAGGUGAGUUUCAUAGGGUCUGUCUUUUUGUGCUACCUCUAUCACACUGUGCUAUCCAUCACACAGUCAAAGUAUGGAAAGAGUAAGAGCUGUAGGUUUACUGUUAGCUUCUAAUUGAUCUCUGUAAGCCUGCGUAGUCCUGCUGGUUUAGACUUGAGGAUGACUUGGGCUGUACUGGAUGGAUCAGUCGCUUGAGUCUGUAUGCGAAGAACAACGCCACGUGAAUCCUGCUUGACUAGGUCACAACACUAGAUGUAGCUCAGCAGAAACUGAUGUUUCACAAAGACUAUAUUCUUUUGUGUGUUGAUUAUUUUCAGCAAAGAAUGGGGAGAUGGCAGAAUAGGGAUCUCAGUUUACACAAGUGAACAAUGGCACACAGUCUGGGACGCAGAGUAUUGUGAUAAAAUCGUAUGUAAAUAUGUCUGGCUAUUUUCAUUCCCCCUCAUGAAUUGUAUUUCCAUUUUCUUCCUGUAGCAUGCCUCCAGCAACCCAUCCAACUAGUUUAGCCCCUCUGGCUCUGGUUCUGCAGUAUUUUGAUGAGUAAUGGGCCGAGGCUCGGUCACACAAAGCAGGAAUUGGAUCCGACAGGAACUAGGUCAUGCAGCUCGUCAUUCUCCAAUAACCCAGUCUGAUAAUUGUGUCAGGCUUAAACUAUCACAGUCUCUGUGUGGCGAGGUUAGAGGCAGAAUCCUGAUGUUUAAUAAGUGGAGGCGUAGAGGACAGGUUCAUUAUUCAGUGGAUAAUAUAGGGGUGUCAUAGCAACAGUGAUCAAAUGGAGGGCUGGAUGCGUGUUGUUUUUUCUUUUUUUUUUUUGCACCUGAACAGGUGUGUGUGUAUGUGUGAGAGAGAGAGAGAGAGAGAGAGAGAGGACUGCUUUGAUACACACAGGUGUUCAGACAAUCUCAGUACUGUACACUACCAUCUUUUGUCAGGUCUGUUUGUACAUAUCAGAGAUGUGUCUGAGAUGAUCUAUCUGUGUCUCAAUGUAUGUUGGUCAGUGUGCAAGAGCUCCCUUCUCAUGAUGUUUAAUCCAGUACCAUCAAGUAAUCCAAUCUAAAGCCUUAACCAGUGCUUUGAAUAUUCAGUUUUAGCUACCUUUAUUCAAUUCAGUAUGAUGUCAUUAUAUCACUACCCCUGUAAUCGCUUAUUCGACUGUUGUGUUCACUACGGAAACAUACACUGCAGUUUCUCUGGGUGGUACAGUUGGGUCUCACUGAACCCAAAUGCUAAACCAUGAUGUGUGUCCAGGCUCUGUCUCGCCACCUUAUGGGAGCUUGUGGACCUGCACAGCCAGUGUUGAUACUGUUGAAUAUACUGUUAAAGAGCCACAAUAGUAGCUCCAGAACCCUGCAAGUGCACACAUAAAAGCCUGUCACAGCCAGUAGCUGGCAUACAACCUCACAUACAAGUAUCAUUGCACUGUAGGAGCCACAUGAUUCAGUUGAAGGGAAAAGGAACAAAUGAGUUUCGAACAAAAGGAAUCUUAUAUUGAAGAAAAGUUGGCGAUUGCUGGCUCAUAUCUCCAAUGGAAAUUGUAUAUAAUGAAUUGAAUUCCACAUGUUCUGAUGAAUUUGUAAUGGUUUCUAUCACAUUUUAGUGGUUGUUGAAGGUUUGUGUUUUUACUGUAGUGGACAACACUGUGUACUUGUCUUUGUCAUGAUCUCUCACUAAGAAUGUGUGGUAUAAAACAAAGAUUGUGUCUCAGAAUAUAUUUUGUUCUUAAAUGUUACGCAUUUAGGGCAGUUUGGUCAAUAUUGUAGGUGGUGUGGAUUACAAUGUUUGUAAAGAUGUUUUUUUCUUUUUUCCUUUACUUUAAAAGUAACAGGAAUAUGUAGAGGAUCUGAAGAUAUUAGCUCUCUGCUUAGCAGUUGCCAAGCAGAAAAAUAAUUUUCCAUCUAGCUUGCUUCAUGGGGAAAAAAUGCAAAACUCCAGAUUCCUCCCCAUGUUCAUGUUGGGUAGUUGUUUUAUUUUCCAGGACAAUGUUCCAUUGAAUAAAAGUCCUUGUUUUGCUCUUUGCUGUAGAGAAGUCAGUGCCUUCCCCCGCCUGCGGCUGGGCUUUUAUUGGAGAAGUGACUUUGAUGUCUAUGCAAGCUCUUUUCUACCAGCUUACCAGCCUGCAUCAAAUAGUUCUUUGAAAUCUCAUGUAGCUCGUUUGUGUACAUAGUGUUAUUUAGCACCUUUUGAAAUUGAACCAUCUGAAAUGUGUGAUUGCUCGUGUUGAAAUAUGACAUGUUUGUAGAUUGAUAUUACGUUGCAUUUAGUUUCACUGAAUCUAUUUUUCUACUGUCACCUCAAGAGGUGCGUAACAGUGGUCAACUUGAGCAUCCUCAAAAUAAACUGGUUUGAUAUGAUGGAA